AUGAGAGGGACGGCAAUACAGAGUGACAGAGACAGAGAUAUACAAAACGAUCGCGUGUCCAGACAUCUUAGCAGCCCCUACGAGCCUCGGGCCAACGAUUAUCAUAACAAGACCCCAUUACCUACACCGACAGCAUCACCUAACUUAUCCGGCUACCCUCCAACACAUCCCUAUUACAAUCAGAUAAGAUGUUAUGGCUGGAACUUACAAACUUCAGCUAGUAACAGUACAUUAGCACAACACUAUGCUGUAGCGGUUAACCCUUGGAAUGGUGUUGCGGGUCAGAAUAACCCUCUUGUAUCAGAUCAAGACGCUCGUUAA